AUGGAGUUGCAUGGAGAGGAUCAUGGUUUGUUUUAUGAAGUUAGGGAAAAGCUUUGGAAUGGGUCGAUUAAUAUAACGAUUAGAUUACACGUUGAUGAUACGGUAAAGGAAUUUCUUCUAUCAAUUCAUCGAAAUUCAUAUUUUGCGUUAUAUUUCGAAUCAAUUGUGAGUUAUUUCAAACUAUUCAUACCGUCGAUAUAUAAUAAGCCUGUAUGGUUGGAAUAUGAUGGUCAACCUAUAAAAUGGAAUGUACCUGUGGGUGUACUCUAUGAUUACUUGUAUCUACCAUCAGUAAUUAUCGCACGAGCUAAUGACACCACAACCACCCAAAUUAAGAAUUCAUGGGUACUUGAGUUGAAAUAUGAUAAAUAUCCCUCUGGAGAGAUUAUUCCUUUCAUUUAUCAAAACGAUGACUUGUCUAUAAAUUAUAAACGAAUGCUUAAUGAAGUGAUUGUUAAUCAAUUAAAACAAUCAUGUUACGUUUUGAAUUCAAGCUCAAAACCAAUCAUGGGAUUAAGUGAAUCAGAUUCAAAUCAUUUAUGGUAUGGGAUUGAAACUCAUAAUUGGAUGACUUUCAAUGCUAUCAAUUCAAAAAUCAUACCAACUUUCGAUGCGUUUAGAAUCCCUAUCCGAAUAUAUGUUUCUGGAGAAGUUACCGUAAUUCAAAAUCCUAUUUCUCCAACUAAAGGUUUGGAAUACUUUCAAGCAUUUAGAUAA